AUGGAUCAGUCUUCCGCGCCCAGUCGAGGCGGCCGCAAGCGUCGCGGCGGUAAGCGCAAGCGCAGUACGAGUCGCCAAAGCGAGGACGAGGAGCGCAAGACGGAAGAGCCGCCGCCUAAGCAGGAGGAAGAAGAAGACAAACAGGAAGAGAAACAGGAAGAGAAACAGGAGGACAAGACGCCCCAGAAAUGGAGCUGUCCGGCCUGUACGUUCCUUAACGAGGCAUCGCGCUGCUUCUGCGAGAUGUGCGAGACUGCAAACCCGUCGCCUUCUGUCUCUCGCGAACUCGGAGCUGCUUCUUCAGACUGGAGCUGUGCUGCCUGCACUAUGGUGAACCCUGCGGCAAUGCGCGUGUGCGGCGUUUGUGGAACGUUGAACCCGCGGCCACCUCUAUCUGGUCUAAGUAUCCGCCUAUCGGACGCGCUGGGAGGUGGCGAAGAUGAGUCGUUCUCGUCUUCCAGUGAGGACAGCGACGACAGUGACAGUGACGACGAAGAGGAGGACACAUGGGCCUGUACGAGCUGUGAUACGGUGCUGAUUGGACGCAUGUGUACGAACUGCUUCACGCAGCGUCCGAAAGCUGCGCGGAUGGCGGCAGCUGACAAGAGCAAAAAACAGGCGAAGAAUCGGAAGCGACGGAAGCAUGAGAAGCUGCAGGAGAGAGCCAAACUGGCCUAUGGUGUGUCGAUCUAUGAGCUCAAGAAGCUACUUCUGGAGCCCACAGGCAGUCGCUUGGUCGACACGUUGCAGACACUGACACACACGCUGGCGAUGAUGGACGCGUCGGCGGAUAACGAGUGGGCCGACGGGCCGUCGUUCCUGACUCGUGGCUUUGGUGGUGGACGAUCGUCUGAAACAGCAAAAGACCCAGAACUACUGACCGUGCUAGCAGAUCUUUUUCGUGGACAGGAGCGGACGUAUCCAGUGGAAGUUCGGCUUUUGGCAGUGCAGUCUAUUAACUAUUUGAUGAAGAUGGACCGACACACGUUUGCUCGAGCGAAGAUGGUGGAGGUUGUGGGUCUGUACAUCUCGGAGCUCUUAGCUUGGAAGAACAAGAACAGCACAGAUACCCAGAACCUUAAAAGCUCGCAGAUGAUCGUGGAAGAGUGCUUAAGUGGGUUAUCGAGUGUGUGCAGCACAGAGUCGUUCGCUCUCCGUGAACUGCUGGCACGUGAAAAGUUUUUCGGGUAUCUGGACUUUCUGCUAAGUCUUGUCGAUGGGGAUGAGAAAGACGGCGGCUUCCAUCCGAGUAUUGUAAUGACAGCGCUUGGGAUUCUACAGAAAUGCUGCAUGAAGUUGCGAUGGAGUGGGGAGUCCAGUCAAAAACACCGUUUGAAUGACAUGAAGAAGCCAUCUCCUAAGAAAAUUAUCCAGGGUGGGGAGCUUACGGUGGAACUAGCAUCCAAGUUGAUUGGAUUUUUGCGUCAUGCUUUGGAGCACAAACACGUUCCUCUGCACGUCAAGGCAGCGAAGUGCUUGUUGUUAGUAUUCCACCGCAUUCCUCAUGGCCAAGGUGGAGAGCUUGUGACACCUGAAGCUCUGCGCAAGUUCGUUGCAGUCGUAGUGAACACAGACGGCGCAGAAUCGGACGAGUCGCGUCUUGCAAUGGUCAAUUUGUUGCUUCACUUAUUCGACAACCGAGCGCAACUGGUCAAUGUGUUUGUACGCGAGAAAAUUUAUACAGACUUGUUCAGUGGCGUGCUGCAACUACUACAGUCGGCGUCGACAGCUCUGCGGACAAACACGUUGAAGCUCACAGCAAUGCUGACGCGAGUAGUAUGCAGAAAGCAUUCGUUGGGAUCUUUUAGCUCGGCUCAAACUUCUCCGAAAGGUUCUGCGUCACGAUCACCCAGGAACAGCCGCAAUCGCCAACGCGUGAACUCGCUGCCGGACCCAGAUGUGCUCUCUACACUACUACUCGACUUUAUCCGGACCGAUUCAAUUCCUGCGGUGAAUGUCCUGCUGAAGGACGGCGCAGACUUGAACUUCCCGAAACUCUAUGAUGUUCACGGACACGAGAUUGAUAAACCACUAAAUGUUGCGGUGGAGUCUGCGUCGCUCGGAAUGGUACGGCUACUUCUGAAGCGAGGCGCUGAUGUUCAUCAGGUAGGAAUCGGCGGCACGGCACUCCACGUAGCAGCUAGAACCGGUCGCUGUGAUGCUGCAGCAUUCUUACUGCAAUGUGGAGCUCGUAUACAAGCUAAAGAUCGAGAAAAGAAAAGCGUGAUGGACGUGGUUAUUGCAGCUGACAAGGCAGCGAGCGAGACUUGUGGAGUGGCAUCCAUUCCGUCUCCGAUGACGAAGUUGCUGGAGCUUCAUCAGCGAACAACAGGGAUGCGAGAGUACGACAGCGAUUUGUCAGAAGGCGACGAAAUGAUUGCUGGUAGGAGUCGAGCGUGGUUUUGCCCCUCAGAUCACGAUGAUGAGUAUGGAGAUGAUGACGAAAUGGAUGACGAUUUGGAAGGUGAAGGAGGAUACUUCAUGGAUUAUGAUGAUGAUGAUGAUGACGAUGACGACGACGACGAUGGUGAAGGAUUAGGUGGUGGCGCUGGUCUUCGUGACGAUAUGGAGGAUGAAGAAAUACCCAGUGAUGAUGACAUGGUCUACCUCGGCGGCGGCAUGUCAAGCAAGUCGAGAUCGACCAACAAGCGCCGCCUUGGGUCAGUCUCAUCUGAAUCCAUGAGCACCGACGAGGCUCCUCAAAGCACAACUAGUGGCAGCAGUACGAACUCCACCAGACGGAGACGUGCAUCGAGUGCGAGCGACAAAGGAUGCUCAGAUGAAGAUACCGCGAUGGAACAAAAGACUUUCAGUGCCACAGCUGACGAGAUUUAUGAUUUUAGUCUCGCUAUAACAGAAUGCUUGCUGGCAGUUCUGCACGAUAUGGACGUCCAGAACGUGGAGCGCUCAGUUAUCUCUACUGUGGCAUGUGUAUUGGAAAUGGCGCCGUCACGGCUAAUUCUCGACUUGGUGGAAUUGUUUGAGGAGGCGAACUCUAUCACGACGUAUGAGUUCAAACAGUCGGAGUUGUUGCCUGCGGUUCUUCAGUACUUAUCACCACAGGGUGUGCUGGAUGAAGCCCGAGCUACGGCAUUGAUGCAGACCUUCGAGCGUUGCCCAGCUGCGCUGAAACAUCUGAUUCUCAGGUUGCAGAGUAUCAUUACGCAAGAGGAAGCGUUCCCGUUAGUUUCUUACAACACUGGCAAAGGACGAGAGCUUUAUCCGCUUACUCGCCAAUUAAGGAUUGCGUUUAUGCGGCCUGGAGACAGAGGUACUGGAGAUAGAAGUGCUUCUAGUCGCCCUAAGGGGAAGUCUAUCCAGUCUUCGCCUAUGACGCACUUCCAGUCGUUUGAGAAAACGGUGUUUCGCUCCAUGCCUGUGAUAGAUUCGGAUCUGUCGCUACUGUACCUGAAUCUGGUGGGGCGUUCCGUUCAAAAAGUGGCUGAAGGGAAGUGGAAGAAGUUCUUAGUUGUGGGGUAUGAUGAUACACGGUCCUAUCACCUGCUCAAGCCUAUCGACGGUACAAAUGAUGACCUAGUAGAGAUGGUGCUUCAUGACUCACAGUGCAAGCUGAUCAAAAGCAUUGAAGUGUACGAAGGCAUUACGUUAGAUCUGGAGCUUUUCGGAUCACGCGAUGCAGCUGAUAGUGGCGGCAAUUCAGAUAGCAAGAAGAAGCGAAAGAUCAACAAGCGAAAACGGAAGGCAUCCACGCUGAAGCAGCAGCUUGAGAGUGACGGAGCCUUACAAGUAGAGGUGAAAAAUUCAGGUGUGCUGAAAAUGAGAAGCCUACCGGGGGCCUGGUAUGCGGCAGUGCUAUUGGAUGACUCAGGCGAGGUUCGGAAGUCGAGUGACGGGAAGAGUCCCACGCGUGAAGAGGUGCUAGCAGCUCAAGCCGUCCAUUCGGUGAAAUUGCUGACUGGUAACCGAGUUGUUCACAAGGUUCCAGCUGAUUGCAUUCGGCCGCGUGCGCUUCAGCCUCAAGUUGGCAGUGUAGUUGAGGUGGAUGGGUCAUUGGGAGAAGUCACGCGCGUCUACACUAACGACCGCUCGUCCAGUACUCCUGCAAACACCUUGCUGGAUGUGAAAGUCAACUCCUAUACGGAGAAAAAGCGUGUGAAGAAAGACCGUGUCCGAUUCCCGCCACGAGAUCUGUCCACGCUUAAAGAAGGUGAUGAGAGCGAUCGAAUUGAGGCCAUGAGCAUUCGGCGAUUGUUUCCUGCUCGGGAUAGUUCGUUGCUGGCAGGUAGCGUUGGCGAUCGUGUGUGGGUGUUACCUCCCACAGGUUCGUCUGUUAAGGAUCUAUGUGUGGCGGGAACGAUCAAGAGCUUCCCUUCCGGUUUGGAUUCGAUUCGAGAUUCGUCGACUGUCGUCGUGGAAAUUGCGUUUGGAUCAGAUCAACCUUCUCUCGCUGUCAAGGUGAAUCAAGACCGAGUAUUAAAUUUUGCCGUUGACGGAGGAGUUCUAUCUGGUCGUGGGCCUUCUCGUCUAUUGGCAGCACUGCAAAUGGCAUCGGACCGAGGUGGUUCAAGCAGGUUGUUUGGUGGUGGGCGUAGUGGCCAAGACAGUGCCAUCCACCGGGCUUUCGAAAGAGUAGCUGGAUCGCUGCAGCAGAGUCGACUCGGGGGCGGACUGGGAUCUUCAGGCUCUGCAAUGGAUCAGAUUCGAAGUUUGAUAUCGCGCGCAUCUACUGCUGGUGGCGCUAACGCUCCCAGCGACAUUGAAACUGCUGACCAAGCGUCCACUAGACUAAACUCUCCUCCAAAUGAACUAGUUGGAAGUGAACUAGUUGGAAGUGAACUAGUUGGAAGUGAACUAGUUGGAAGUGAGGGGCAAACUGAAGAGGAAGCGUCAGCUUUGAUAUCUGCAUCCUCAACGAAUGCAAACACGUCCAGACAACGAAAGUCUUCUGACCGAGAAAAGCCAAGCGAAGAGAGUGUGGAAGCGUACGUUAAGAAGCCUCAGGGUACCAAGCCCAAGAUGACUUGUUCGCUGUUGCCGAAGGUGACCGUGGUGGUGGGAUUCCGCAAGUGUGACGUCAGUGCUCCAUCACAGGAUCGAAUCGUGGUUUCGUCCGAAUUCGGGUUGGAGCGUGUUGAUAGAAACAAGGUGAGCAAGGAUGCAGCAGCGUCGCUUCUGACUCAGUUCGACCCGUCCACCCAGCAAUAUGAACCAAAGAUCGGUGCUCGCAAGGCAUUGCUCGACGUCUUUCAUACAAAUAGUCAAGAAUCGGUUUCUGCGGGCUCGCAGAAGAAGAAACGGAGGAAGUUGACAGCAGAAACUCAGCGCAAGGCUUCGGAAGCAGCAACUUGGGACGUGGAGAAAUUUAUUGCGUUUAUGCAGGCAGUUCGGGAUCCAUCCAAGUACGGUAAUCCUGGUUCAAGCGCCAAAUAUUGCGUUACAUUCUCCAAGUUUGCCGACCCCAAUACAGGUCGAAGGGUGCUGAAAGCUGAUGGAUUUAUCUCGCUCAUCGGGCAUGAGUGCAAGGAUGCGGUAAAGUCGAAGCAGUUACUGAAGUUUUUACGAUCACGAGGAUAUUCGGAGAAGUCUCUGACGUCUGGUGGCUCUCGUAGCAGUAGUGGAGACGACGACGAGGUGAAGGACCCACUCAACGAUGCUUCUAAGACCUCUCAAGCAAAGAAUCCCGGCAAAAAGGCACUGCGACAGCCUGUGGUUCUCCGAGCUUUCCCUGCUGAUCGGAAUAUACUGAAAUGCGUGGAAGAGCUGCGCCAAGAACACCAAGCUAGAUCCCGCACAAACACCAGUGAUACCAGUUCUUUUGCGGCAGAUAGUGCUCUGCCACCGUGGAAGCUGACGUACAAAUUGUACUGCGAUUUUCAAGUGGAAUGGGAGGCACAGUCUCCCCCCGAAACAGUCGCUUCCGAUGCACACAACUCGGGUGCUGUGUCGGUAGAACCUCUCGCAGUCUUGGAGUCUAAACCCCCUGCACGGCUAUUGCUGCGUGGCAUUGUGGAAUUUGAAGAGAUGAACGCAAGUAGUGCUGCAGAAGCGUCUCGAUGGCUAAGUCGACUCACCGCCCCACAGACUGGCAGUGACAAGGUCGUUGUGUCUGACUCGGUGGCAAGUGCGGUGCGCUUGCUCCGCUAUUUAUUCCAAUCUCGUGGGGAUUCGGCGUCUCUGGAUGAAGCACUGUGGACGAGCCCACGAUUGUAUAAUAAGCUGGAGACGCAGAUGCAAGAUGUGCUCUCCAUGUGUAGUGGUAUUUAUCCGCCAUGGUGUGAUGCAUUAGUGACCCAUUGCAAGUUCUUCUUCCCUCGUGAACUACGGGAAAAACUGCUCCGCGCGACAUCAUUCGGCUGCGCGCGCUCCUUGCACUGGCUCCGCAAUCAGCUGAAUAUUGAGGAAAGCUCAGCCGACUCCAUGUCAUCGAUGGUGGGAGGUGGCAUCUACAACCAAACGAUCUCAAUUACUCCGAUGCCGAAAGAACGCGUCAAGGUACAUCGCAAAAAUAUCUUGCAAUCCGCGGACGCCGUGAUGAAAAUGCACGUCAAGCGCAAAGCUAUCCUGGAUGUGAUAUUUGCUGGGGAGAAAGGCUAUGGCUCUGGAGUUACGGCGGCGUUCUACUCAACGACUGCACACGCACUGCAAGCGAUUACCGAGAACCAGAAGAGUAAGUACUGGAUUCCUGGUGAGGACGACGAGGCUGAGGCUGGUAAAGCUGCAGCUCGACGAAAGGAUGAAAUGGACGUCACCGAUGAAAUUGCUGAAGAUGCAGCUGUGAUUCGGCACUCGAACGGUUUAUUCCCAUACCCUCAUCGCAUACCAAGCUCGAAGCUUGUCGAGCGUUUCCGCAUGAUGGGUAGAUUAGCAGGCAAGGCUCUGAUGGACGGGCGUCUGCUCCCGUUGCCGUUGUCGACGCAUUUUAUGAAGCUUGUGGUUGGCGAGAGUUUCGGAUUGGAGAAACUGGGCGACAUUUUCUUGAGUCACGGACGAGUUUUGUAUUCAAUGUAUAAGGCUUCCAAGAAGCUGGCUGCAGGAGAGCAGAACGUCCAGAUCGAUCAGAUGGACGUCCAGGAUUGGCUGGAAGCCGUCGGCUUCACGCUCAUCGACCCGUUUUCGCAGGAGCCUCUGGUUGUGGGAGGGGACGAUAUCGCCGUGACGGCUGACAACUUGCCGCUGUAUGUACGAGCGGUGCUGGAGCUGUGGCUCGAUUCCGGUAUUCGUGCGCAGGUGCUGGCUUUCCGCGAAGGAAUUAGUGAGGUGCUUUCUGUGGGGAAGCUGAGGCUGCUGUUUGUUCCCGAGUUGAUAUCACUGCUGUGUGGUGAGGAAGAUAUCAAGUGGGACGUGGAGUCUUUGGUCAAGGAUACGAAGCUUGCGCAUGGCUACACGAAGGACAGUCAACCCGUGCAGUUUUUCUUUGAAGCAUUGGAGGAAAUGUCUGCUGCCGAGCGCCGAGCAUUUCUGCUGUACGCCACGGGAUGUCCGAACCUUCCACCUGGAGGCUUUCAGGCACUCAAGCCACCCUUCGAGGUCGUGCGCCGAGUUGUCGAUAAUCUGGAUGUGGAUCGAGCUCUGCCAUUUGCACGCACAUGUACGAAUACGCUACACUUGCCGGCCUACUCCACUAAGGAUGUGCUUGUCAAGCAGCUGACCUUCGCUGUUGCCAAUAGCCGCGGUGUCAUUGAUCGUGACUGA